UGCACGACUAUUAUUACUAUCUUUGGUACCACCACAAGGGUCGCGUCAUUCAAGGACUCUUGGAUGAUCUCCCGUUUGUCCUGCAUUCAGAUGUUUCAAGUUGUUGUCACAAAUCUCUGUUUAAAAAAGCCAAGAUGUUCAGAGACACAGAACAUGGCUUUAAAAGGGCUUUGUCGCUGAGAUUUAAAACCUACAUGUACAGUCCUGGACAAGUUCUGGCUAAAACUGGAGAAAUUAAUCAAAAUCUGUAUUACAUUAAGCAUGGACUUCUACAGGUUCUUUGUAUGGAUUCUGGGAAUGAGAUUGCAAAAUUACUACCAGGCACAUUGUUUGGAGAGACCCAUUUGGUGUACAAUAUCCCUAGAAAUGUUACAGUGCGAACACUAACAUUGUGUGAAAUUACCGUUUUGAAACAUAAGGAAUUGCUUUCACUCUUUGCUGACUACCCUGAAGCUGGUGCUAAGAUUGUCAGAACUCCCAAGACACGUAUUCAAAAUUUCAAGCGUCCUCUACGAGAAGCAUGUGGAGUUGCCUGCCUCCCCAAAAAUGUUGCAUUUGAAAAGAAGGAGGGCAUGAAACUUAAGACAAGGGAUAGGAGGAUUUUUGCCGCGUCCUUGGAACAUGUUUCAAACCAGCCUCCUCAAGUUGAGAUAUUUUGGAAGAGAACUUUCCAGCCUGACAGUGCUUUUGUAAAGUCCUGGAAGGUCUUUUUUUUCUGGUGCAUCACUGUUUCAGUUUUCCUGAAGACUUGGGUGUUUUUUUUCACCAACAGUGCAGACCUAAAGGGGCUCUUCAGUGGAGGCUGGUCUGUCUAUUACCUUUCAGUUGAUGGCCUGGUUAACAUUGCUGCUGUAUUUGACAUCCUGGUGAAUCUCCGCACUAGUGUGUUUACAGAAGAUGGACUUGUAACAGAUUUUGCAGUAAUAUUUCAAGCGUAUCGAAGGUCUUGGGACUUGUAUUAUGAUGUCCUUGCAGUUUUACCCUUGGAAUUUAUAUAUUUUGCUUUCGGCGGUACAGAACACUUGAGAAUUUUUGGCCUAGUCAAGCUGAUUCUGAUUCACAAGGUAUUUUAAAUAUUUUUAUGCACAGUAAUUUUUUUUCUUUCUUUCUUUUUUUGGUAAUAUGUUGUAAUACUAAUAAUGAAAAGUAUAAUUGCAGAGCCUUGAAGUUGACUUUAUCUUUGUGGUGGGGAUAGUAAAACCAGUGUAUGGAUUAAUUGGGGUUCAGUUAGGUAGUUGAGUUGAUACCCUGAUACUUCAUCAUUGUUAUUGUGGUUUCAGAUUUAUAAGCAUUUCUCUCAAAAUGAAUGUGACAUCUAUAAGAACAUAUUUGAACAAAGAAUAGCAAAAUGCCUCUUCAUCUUGAUUUUCUAUGUGCAUUUUUGUGCUGGCUUAUUGUACCUGUCAGCAUGCCAUGAAGAAAGGUAAGUGUGUUUUA